AUGUUUACAACUGCUACAGUUACAGAAACCAAGAAGUUUCCGUCCGGGUCGACUGUUUUUUCCCUUAUUCAGCCAACUGGAAAAAUACACUUGGGAAACUACCUAGGCGCUGUUUCGAAUUGGAAAGAUAUAUCUCAGGCCGAUGAGGACCCCAGCACUCGGUACAUCUUUGGCACGGCAGACUUGCAUGCGUUAACGUCGGUUAAAGACCAACAGGUGUUGAAAAAUGCUAGACACGAAGCUAUUGCCAGUCUUUUGGCAACAGGUAUAAGUCCAGAAAGAUGUAUCAUUUAUCACCAGUCGAGUGUCCCCGAGCAUGCCCAGCUUUCGUGGGUGCUCACUUGUCUCACGAGUAUGGGAGCAUUGAACCGGAUGACUCAAUGGAAGCUGAAGUCCAAGGUUGAUGAGAUGAGCUCUAUUAGCGAUUUGGAAACCAUGGGGAAGACCAAGGCAGGAGUAUUCACGUACCCCAUAUUGCAGUCGGCCGACGUGCUCAUCUACAAAUCCACCCAUGUGCCGGUGGGCGAGGACCAAGCCCAACAUUUAGAGUUGACCAGAACCAUCGCUCAGGCCUUCAACAGCACCUACAAAACGGAUUUUUUCCCUAUUCCCAAGUCUGUUUUGACACCCACCAAGAAGAUUCUCUCUUUAAAGAACCCCAGCAAGAAAAUGUCAAAGUCUGAUGCCGACCAGAACUCUUGUAUAUAUAUUACUGAGACACCAGAUUCCAUUGCAAAAAAAAUCCGCAAAGCAGCCACCGAUUCCAUCCAAGGAAAGGUGUAUUUUGAUCCUGAAAAUAGGCCCGGGGUGUCGAACUUGAUCAACAUAGUGUCAGGGUUGUCCAGAAAGUCGAUUGACGAAACUGUCAAAGAUCUUGAUUGGGUCAAGGACCACAAGCAAUUGAAGGAUCACGUGACAGAGAUGAUUGUGGAGGAGUUCAAACCCAAACGGCAUAUUUUUGAUGACCUCAUGUCGGAUGUGGCGUACCUUGAACAGGUAACGAACAAGGGCCGGGAAAAGGCCAAAGCUAUUGCUGGGCCCAAUAUGAAAGAAAUUGAACGGCUUAUUGGACUCGAUUAAAACAUGGAUUUCAGCCUCCGGCAGACAAUCCAAAUACAUGUACAUACAUACAAGCACAAGGUAAACUUCGAUUCGACCUCGUUGACGUUUCGGUGCCUCCCCCUAAACAGGUAAAAAUCAUUCCUAAAGCUCCUGUAGAAUUACUGCAAAAAAUCCAUCGCGACGCGAUGAUUAAAUUGAAACGCCAAAUGUACGAGUCUCUAU